AUGGAAGCAAACAAUAAUAGUGAAUUAUAUGAAGAAGAGCACGUCCAUAAGGUCUACCAAGAGAUUGCACCGCAUUUUUCUUCCACACGAUACAAACCAUGGCCAAUUGUUGAGCGGUUCUUGAAAGGUCUCCCUGCCGGUUCUAUCGGUCUAGAUGUUGGGUGUGGUAACGGGAAAUAUUUAAAGGUUAAUUCUAACAUAUUUAUCGUGGCAUCGGACAGAUCUGAGGCUCUGACUUCAAUUGCAAAGCAACAUCAACCACAUUCUGCAAUAAUAGCAGAUACUUUGAAUCUGCCUCACCCAGAUGGUUAUUUUGAUUUUGCGAUUUCAAUUGCUGUGAUACACCACCUAUCCCUUCCAGAACGAAGGAUAAAUGCAAUUGCCGCAAUCCUAGAUACUCUAAAACGGCCCACUGGAGAUGAUACAGUUGGCGGUAAGGCCCUUAUUUACGUCUGGGCCUUGGAGCAAAAGGAUAGUAGACGUGGAUGGGAUGCUAAUCAUGACCAAGACGUAAUGGUACCAUGGGUUUUAAAGACCAACGAAAAUAAAAAAGCAAAAGAUAAAAGAAGCAGAGGCAAAAAAUUUUCUGAGGACAUACACCCAGGUGAAGCUGGCGAGGAGCUAAAGACAAAGCAAGGGCCGGAACCGACCACCUACCUUAGAUAUUACCAUCUUUACAAGGAGGGUGAGCUAGAAAGUGACAUUGCUGCUGCACGCGGCAGAAUUUUGGACCACGGAUAUGAAAAAGAUAAUUGGUGGGCCGUUGCAUGUCCGCUUCCACGGACAUGA